AUGCCACAAAAGGAAGAAGUGCCUAAUAAUUAUGAGGAAAAUGAAGCCUCUGCAGCUUCCACACUAAACAGUAUAAUUUAUAGUGAGAAUUCUAAAAAAGAUGAAGUUCAAUUCCCCGAAGAUCAUGAUAAUUUAAAGCAACAGUCAACAGAUGAUUUAAAAAAGUCAAAGAGUUGGAGAGAUAGCUUAUUUUUAACAUUUAUUGGUCUUCAAAUUGCUUUAUUUUUAGCUGCUCUUGAUAGUACAAUUGUAUCAACUGCUUUACCACGUAUAGGAUCUGACUUCAAUAAAAUGGAUAUUGUUGCUUGGGUUGCUACAGCGUAUAUUCUUACAUUCGAUGCUUUCCAACCAUUAUUCUCCAAAUUUUCAGAUAUUUUUGGUAGGAAACUAAUUUUACUAUUUGGUAUUUUUAUGUUCCUAUUAGGCUCAUUACUUUGUGGAGUUGCUAAAUCAAUGAUUAUGUUAAUUGUUUGUAGAGCAAUUGCUGGUAUCGGUGGUGCCGGUAUCUUCUCAAUGGUUUUUAUUAUUAUCUCCGAUUUAGUUCCACUAGAGAAAAGAGGCGCUUUUCAAGGUGUCGUAAAUGCUGUUUUUGCAUUAUCUAGCGUUUUUGGUCCUUUAAUCGGAGGAACAUUUACUGAUUAUGUAACAUGGCGUUGGAACUUUUAUAUCAAUUUACCAAUUGGAGGUGUUGCAGUAAUUAUUCUUCUUAUUUUCCUACAUUUACCUAUUCCAAAAGGUGAUUUCAUGCAAAAGUUAAAAAGAAUUGACUAUUUGGGUACAGCCCUUGUCCUUCUUUUCUCGACCCUUUUCUUGUUAGCCAUGAAUUUUGGUGGCCAAACAUUUCCUUGGAAAUCUGCUGCUGUCAUUGUACCAUUAGUUUUGACCGGUGUAUUUAUUGGUGCCUUGGUUUUUGUUGAAACCAAAGUAGUUGAGCCUUUAAUGCCACCACGUUUAUUCAAGAUUCGUUCUGUAGCUGCUAUUCUAAGUACAAAUUGGUUUUUCGGUAUGUCCUUCUUUAGUAUGGUUUAUUAUCUGCCUAUUUAUUUCCAAGUGAUUCGUGGUGAUUCAGCCAUGUGGUCUGGUAUUCGUUUAAUUCCAAUGCAAUUGCUUUGUGCUACUUUCUCUACAUUAUCUGGUCUUUUUAUUUCUAAAACUGGUAUUUUCAGACCAUUACCUUCAAUUGGUAUGGCAUUUCUUACAAUAAGUGUAGGUUUACUUUCUCUACUUGAUUUAACUAGUUCAUUUUCUAACGUUUACGGGUUUACUAUUCUUGGAGGUAUUGGUCUUGGAUGUAUGUUCUCAUCUGCUAUCAUUGCACUUCAGGCAUCUGUACCACCCAAAGAUAUUGCUGUCGUUACUGGUCUUGGUAAUUUUAGUCGUAUCCUUGGUGGAGCCUUAGGUGUUGCCGUGUCAUCGACCAUUCUUAAUUCUACACUCUCUAAGAGUCUUCCUCAAUAUGUUCCUCAAGAUAUUGUAGAAAAAAUUCUUGCUUCUUCAGAAUAUGUUAGAGCUGGCUGUCCUACUGAAUACUUGGAUAAUGUGUUAGACUGCUACUUGGAAGGCUUAAAGUUGAUUUGGUAUGUAAUGACUGCUAUGGCUGGCGUUGGAUUCAUGUUAUCUCUUUUUGUUAAAUCAGCACCUAUCCUAAAGAAACAGCAAGAGGAAGUACCUAGUAAUAAGAAUAAUAACGCUGAUCAAGAUAUUGAAAAGGCUACACCAGCCACGCCUCAGAGUUUAAAUGACGAUGAUGAACAACACCAACACACAGUUUAUGAAGAUAAUGUAGUUGCUGUUGAUAUACAACCAGUGAAAGAACAAAUACAUCUUCAUCAUGGUGGAGAUAAUUUAUGUAGUAGAAAGCCACCACAAUAA